AUGACCUGUACGGCACUCUGGGACCAUCUUGCACCAGUUUAUGUCAAGUGCCCAUCUACACCCGAGGAAUGGCAGAAAGUUGCCCACGACUUUGGAGUAAUCUGGAACUUCCCGAACUGUCUUGGAGCCAUCGACGGGAAGCACGUUGUGACAGAGUGCCCUCCAAACAGUGGCUCUAUGCAUUACAACUACGAAGGAUCCUUCAGCACUGUGCUAAUGGCCAUAUGCGAUGCACACUAUCGUUUUCUGUGCGUGGACAUAGGGAAACCUGGCAGCGAAAGUGACGGAGGAGCCUUUUCUAGAAGUGAGAUGGGGACACGUUUUGAAAACCAGUUGAUGAACCUCCCUCCACCAGAGCCGCUGAAGCACGGGAAACAACCUUUGCCGUGGACUCGACUACCCGAAGAAGGUCUUUAA